GCUGUGGUGUAAUCAAAGCAGCCACGUAUUGAUCUCAAGCAUAGCUCAGCCCGCAGGAGAUAAAAACUUCAUAGUCUAUCUACCUAAUCUCAUACCAUUGGCCCUGCUUAGCUCCGAAAAUCAAAUAAAAAAAAAAUUAUAUAUUAAAAUAAAUCUGCAACAAUUUCCUCAUUUAUCUGAUCACUUGUUCUCUAUCGCGGCAGAUACACACAACACUAGUUUUUUUGCGCAGCAGAGUUGGAACUUGUUGAAGAGUUUCGAUGGCGUUACCGGUGGUUGAUACAGAGUACCUGAAAGAGAUCGACAAGGCUCGUCGCGAUCUCCGUGCUCUCAUUGCCUGCAAAAACUGCGCUCCUAUCAUGCUCCGCUUAGCGUGGCACGACGCAGGGACUUACGAUAAGAACAUAAAAACUGGUGGACCUAAUGGCUCCAUAAGGAAUGAAGAGGAAUAUACUCAUGGCUCCAAUAAUGGCUUGAAGAUUGCUAUUGAUUUUUGUGAAGAAGUGAAAGCUAAACAUCCCAAGAUUACUUAUGCAGACCUAUACCAGCUUGCGGGUGUUGUUGCAGUCGAGGUCACUGGAGGCCCAUCCAUUGACUUUGUUCCUGGUAGAAAGGAUUCAAAAGUUUCUCCUGAGGAAGGGCGACUUCCAGAUGCUAAAAAAGGUCCACGACAUUUAAGAGAUAUCUUUUAUCGGAUGGGCCUGUCUGACAAGGAUAUUGUGGCACUCUCCGGGGGUCAUACACUGGGAAGGGCACAUCCAGAGAGAUCAGGUUUUGAUGGCCCUUGGACCAAGGAGCCUCUGAAGUUUGAUAACUCAUACUUCGUGGAACUGCUGAAAGGGGAGACAGAGGGACUGUUGAAACUCCCAACUGACAUUGCUCUGUUGCAAGACCCUGGGUUCCGUCCUUAUGUUGAGCUGUAUGCAAAGGAUGAGGAGGCAUUCUUUAGAGAUUAUGCAGUGUCACAUAAGAAACUUUCAGAACUAGGGUUUACUCCAAGGUCCAAGGUAAUUGCUAAGGACAGCACCGUACUGGCACAAAGUGCAGUUGGAGUUGUAGUUGCUGCUGCUGUGGUGAUAGUUAGCUAUUUGUAUGAGGUUCGCAAAAGAAUGAAGUAGAGAGUGGUUGAUCUUUAUUCCCAUAGAUUGUUCCUUGUGAAUCAGUGGCAUGAAGUUCAUUUUCACGGCCCAGCCAGGAGCUGAUUUGUGAUAUUUGUACCUGAAGAUAACAAUAAUACGCCCCAUGCUGAAAUGCUAAAGUGAUUUUUCUUCCGUUCCAAAGUAAAUAUUAAGGUGGUUGUGAAUCGCCACAUGCUGCUUUUGGUUACUAUAAUUUACUGAAACACCGAAUCAAACCCUUUGGAUAAAUGAAAAUUUAAUCUUUAGUGUGUCUUGAAAA